UGUCACUUUGAGUUUUGUAUAUCUAAAUUUUUGUAAAUUUUUUGCCGCCACUUGUCAACGUUAAGCGGAAAAACUUAAAAAGACACAAUGGAGUCAACAAUUAUACACAACCUAAAAAAAAUCGAAGAGUUCAAGCAAUUUGAUGUGACUUAUUUUCUGAUCAUCUACGCUUGCGUUGUCCUUAUGGUCCUGGGUGUUCCUUUGGCUAUAUUGUUGCAAAGCAAGGAUUCGCCAAACGAGAGGAGUCUAUAUCAAUUGGAGGCCAAUCAAUCUCGUGAGGAUCCAGUGAGGGGAGGAGAAGCCCGGCGACGAAAUCGGGAUUCAAACGCCUAAUAAGCUCUUAAUAUUGUUGUUGAUAUUCAUGGAAAUACAUUGAAUGCGAAGCAGCG